GUCAGAGCUAGCGACCAUGCCUUCCCAAGCUCAAGGAUAAAAAACAUCAGGCCCAAGUGCCAUCCAUUUUCCAUCUUCAGAGUCUUUCCUACACAAAUUGGGAUUCAUCCCUUCUGAAAAGCACAGUCUAACAAUAAGGGAACAAAAAACCAUGCUAUCUCAUAAUGCCAUGGUGAAGCAGAGGAAACAGCAAGCAUCAGCCAUCAUGAAGGAAAUCCAUGGAAAUGAUUUAGUUGGCAUGGAUCUGGGCAAAAAAGUCAGCAUCCCCAGAGACAUCAUGCUGGAAGAAUUAUCCCAUCUCAGUAACCGUGGUGCCAGACUAUUUAAGAUGCGUCAAAGAAGAUCCGACAAAUACACAUUUGAAAACUUCCAGUAUGAAUCUAAAGCACAAAGGAACUACAAUAUGGCUAUGCAGAAUGAGAAAUUGGAUGGAAGCAACUUGGAAGGUGGUUCACAGCAAGCCCCACUGACUCCUCCCAACACUCCGGAUCCACGAAGUCCCCCAAAUCCAGAGAACAUUGCACCAGGAUAUUCUGGACCACUGAAGGAAAUUCCUCCUGAAAGAUUCAACACCACAGCUGUCCCUAAGUACUAUCAGUCUCCCUGGGAACAGGCCAUUAGUAGUGAUCCAGAGCUUUUAGAGGCUUUAUACCCUAAACUUUUCAAGCCUGAAGGAAAGGCAGAACUGCCCAAUUACAGGAGCUUUAACAGAGUCGCCACCCCAUUUGGGGGUUUUGAAAAAGCAUCAAAAAUGGUUAAAUUCAAAGUUCCAGAUUUUGAGCUACUACUGCUAACAGAUCCCAGGUUCAUGGCCUUUACCAAUCCCCUUUCUAGCAGACGGUCCUUUAAUAGGACUCCUAAGGGAUGGAUAUCUGAGAAUAUUCCUAUAGUGAUAACAACUGAACCUACAGAUACUACGGUACCAGAAUCAGAAGACCUAUGAAAAGAAAGUUGUGAUUAUAUAUGCCACAAAACCUCUGAACGUAAAAGUUCCUGUUUUAUUACUUUAUUUACUGACAAAGCCACUUACACUUUACCUUAGUAGCAGUAAUUUAAUAGCAAUUUAGCAAUUUUCCUUUUAUGGCAUUUAACUUCAACCUCAGAUAGAAUACUAAUAAACAAUUCAGAAUCUUAUUUAAUAA